AUCUAGUAAUGGGUACAAACAAAAGCUAUAUUAUACCAAAAAGCCUUGUUUGACAUUGACUGCAAAACCGAAGGGAGUUCAGCAAUGGAUGCGGUAUCUGGGAGCCUGGAAUCAUCACUUCCAGUUCCAAGUGUUCAAGAGCUGUCACGCCAGUGCCCUGAGAAAGUGCCACCAAGGUACCUAAGAGAUGAUGAUCACAUGAUCAUUACCACUUCCCCUUCUGAUCCAUCUCCUCGCGUACCUGUCAUAGACAUGUCCAAGUUGGUCAACACAGAGACACAACAACACGAGCUUCAAAAUCUUCACCUUGCAUGCAAAAAUUGGGGUGUUUUUCAGAUGGUAAAUCAUGGAGUUUCUGAUGCAUCCCUUAAGAACAUGAAGAAUCAAGUUCAAUCAUUUUUUGACCUCCCUUUUGAUGAGAAAAAUCGAUGGGCACAGAGGCCAGGAAGUCUUGAAGGUUAUGGUCAAGCAUUUGUGACCUCAGAGAACCAAAAGCUGGAUUGGAAUGACAUGAUCUUCCUCAAAUCUCUUCCUGUUCAGAACAGAAAGUUGGAUCUGUGGCCCCAAAACCCUCCUGAGUUCAGGGAAACAUUAGAGAGAUAUUCUGAAGAUAUGAGGGAGGCAGCAAUUUCAAUUGUGAAGUUCAUUACUUUGGCUUUGGGGAUACAACAGACACAGAUAUCAGAAAGCUUCCGAGAAGGUCUAUAUGAUGUAAGGAUGAAUUGCUACCCACCCUGUCCAGAGCCUGAAAGAGUUCUUGGGAUUGUGCCCCAUGCCGACAAUUCCGGGAUCACUCUUCUGGCUGAUUGUAGUGAUUUUCCAGGGUUGCAGUUCCUUAAAGAUGGAAAAUGGGUUGGUGUCGAACCUAUAGAAGGGGCCAUUGUUGCAAACAUCGGCCAUAUUAUUGAGGUGAUGAGCAAUGGGAUAUACAAAGCGCCAGAGCACAGAGCUGUUGUGAAUAAGUUGAAGGAGAGAUUGUCUAUAGUGACAUUCUGCUAUCCAUGCCCAUUUAUUGACAUUGGACCUGCUGAAGAGCUAAUUGGAGAAGGAAACCUACCUGUAUACAAGAAGUUGACACACGAAGGGUACUUCAGCAGCUUUUUCCAAAGGAAUCUUGAUGAAUCGUUCAUUGAUAGUCUGAAAAUAUGACAAAUGAUGUUAUUUGUACAUCAUUUUUACUGUGCUAGUCUUCCAUCAUCUCCUUUUUUUAAUUAUCACUAAAAAGUUCCUUCACGCCCUGUUAGUUUUGAUAUGCAAAUAACAAAAUGCAAGUAUGAUUUAUCUUAUUGUUCAGUCAGGGAAAACCGAACUUGAGUGUAGGACGUUUGUUAGACUGCUGCCAUGUGGGCACUAGGGAGAAAUGAAGAUUAUGACUAUUCUAUCAAUGGAGAAUGGACCUCAUGGGCCCUUACAAA